CACAAAACACCAAUGCCAAACAACCCUGUCUCCCCAAUUUAUUUCGACGCGACGCGAGUGGAGAAAAACAAUCAACUUUUAUUUGCUAAGACGUGAUAAAUUGUGGCGCUACACCAGCUAAUCGCUUCGAACGGACCGCUGGCGAUACGGGUGCCACCAGAUGAGCAGCUCGUGAACGAUGGCGCUGAACAAGAGGAAGAGCCCGUACUCGGACGAAAUUUCGGGCGCCGAAGUGGACUACAAGUUGUCAUGUCGCUGCUGCUUGAAGACGAAUGUGGAGUAUCUCAAACUGGACUCGGUGGCGGUUGCGCGCAGCCUGGACCCGGCGGACGCUUCUGAGAAGAUCCCGCUGCUCCGUUGCCUGCUCUUCUGCGUGAGCGCCGAGAAUACGCCGGAGCUGCCGCAGAACAUCUGCAUCGAGUGCAGCAAAAGCCUGCAGAUUGCUUACUACUUCCUUCAGAAUGCCCUGCGUGCUCACGAGAUCCUGUGCCGGAAGCUGUGUCCCAAGGUCUCAAGGAGACAGAAUGGCACUUUGGCUCAAGAGCCAGCGCCUGCAGAGCCGGGGUCCGAGAGGACACAGCUCCUGAAAACAAUGCGGCACGAGUGCCAGGUCUGCGGAGAAGUGGUUUACAAUCGCCUGGAGCUCAAACAACACAUUCGUCAGCAUGCAGAGGGUCUGUCGUACAACUGCAAGCUGUGCAGUUUCACAUCGUUGAAGCAACGCGUUUUGUUCGAGCACUAUGUGACCAUGCAUAACAUGCCCCUUAGCCAGGCAGAGGAGCACGUAAAAUCAAAGCAUUACCCAGCGCCAAAAGAAGAAGAGCUCAGGGCGGUGUGUACGCUUGAGGACAUGGAGUUGCUGAUACCCACCGUACUAAGGCCGGAAGACUAUGUUCAGCCGCAGCCUCAUAUAGAUAACGAGCAACUGCAAGACAUUGAGCAGCAGCUGGCCGUCAGCAUGGGUGAACCCGCACCGGCAGUGGACACCCUGACCUCCACCCUUCCGCCCAUGGAUACGCCCAAUGUUAGCAUCGGCACAGAGUACCUCGUUCUACCCGAUGGUUCGCUGCAACAGGUUAACGGAAGCGGCGUGGUCAUCGAGUAUAUUGACGAUAGCAAACCGAAUAAUUCGGCCAACGUCAAUAUAAGCCUACAAAAUCUGCUGUCCAGCCAAAAUGAACCUAUGGACAUCGAUGUCAACGAAUUAAUCGUGGAGGAUAUGAUGCCGCAGAUAAAAAUCAAGACAAAACCAGCCGCCAGCGGAACAUCCAUUUACAAGCACAAGUGCAAAUUGUGUCCGAAAGCAUUUUCCACUGUAGCGCGUCUAAAAUCUCAUCAGUUGACUCACAGCAAUCUGCCCAAAUUUUACUGCGACCAAUGCACUUUUUACUCACUGCGCAGCGCCGAUCUUAUACAGCAUUACAAGAUGGUCCACCAUCGGUUUGAUGAAAAUGGCAAGUUCGGAAGGGAUCAGGCGCAAGUUGCAGAGUCCCGCGUUUACUCGUGCGACAUGUGUCUGUUUGAAACGUCCACCGUUAGCCAGUUGCGAAUCCACUACAAGGAGCGGCACACGGUGCAACCCACGGAGGUGCAGCUGCGUCCAAGUUGGACGGGCGAGCCGGCAGCCAACCCUGCCCCAACAACACCGAGAGGCGUUGCCGCCAAGCAGCAGACUCCAGCUACGAUAUCAAAUCACAUCGACAUCCCGUUGGGCAUUAAAUAUCCCUCUGCUGUUGUGGAAACGCAAGCGCCAGUGCAGCAACCGGUACAUCAACCAAUGCUCAACCCAGUGAAGCAAAUAGAGCCGGUGGCCACAACAUCGACGACCAUCACUGAAUCGGGCGACAUCAAUGUAGUGGUAGAUGCGACGCCGCUCUUCUAUGCAGCAACCUCCAAUUCCCUGAUUGUGACGAACCCGGCGCCAGUGACAACGGUGGUGGAAUCCACCGGAGAAGCCGGCAACCAUGCAUUUGGAAUCUUUCCCGAAAUCUCAGAGGGAAAUUUGCCGGUAAACGAAGCCGUACAGCAGACACCAGCAAACAUAUCUGGCAAUUCGAUGUUUGGCGACAUGCAGGACUUCAUUGACAACACCGAUGUGGCUGCCAUAUGCACAAUUCCUGCGGAUGAUAUGCCCGUUGUGGAUGGUGAUGACAUCGUGAUUGAUAAUAACAAUAUCAGUCUGGACUUUGAUGCCGAGAAUUUGUUCGAGGACUUCGAGGAGGAAGAGGACGCAGUGGGCGAGGAAGAAGAAGACGUCGAGAACGAUGACGAGAAUGACAACAAUGAUGCUGCCACGGAUCAAAAUCUGCUGCUGACCAGCGACGAUGAUGAUGUGGACGACUUUGAUGACGAGCAGUCGAAGCAUCUGCAGAAGCCCUACUGCAUUUACUGCAAUAAGAAGUUUACCAGCCAGUAUAAAUUCGAGAACCACAUGUUUAUUCACCGAGGCCUGGCCCCCUAUCGCUGUGAGUUGUGCACCAACCUUUACAACAUGAAGCGACUGCUGAUCAGACACUACAAAACUGUGCACAAGAGAAUGCCCACGAGGGACAUGGUCCAGGCGAAGGGCGAUAAGGUUUCCGUUGCCCGCACCAACAUCGAAAAUCUGUAUCCUGGCAGGAUAAAGAAACCAAUGCUCAUGUGCGCCAAGUGUCCGUUCGAGUGCGAAUCAGAUUCAGAGAUGCGCAAGCAUCUGAAUGCCCACCAUGGGAUUAAUGAAGGAGUGUCCGAGCAUGCAAACGAAGUGUUUAUCAUUCGCAAAUUACCAUUUGAAUGCCCGCGCUGCAUUCGAUCAUUUGCUGCUAAGACCACCCUUAGUCGCCAUCUGCAGCGCAGUCAUUUGGUGGACACAAUUAUAGAGAUGCAAGUGCCGCAAAGCGAGGAAGCCACCACGACGACCAUGGCCACAUCAUCGUUAACUUUAUCUGGGCCAGAAAACGCGGUCAUAGAGGAUAGCCAGCAUAAUGAGAUGAUGCAGACGGAUGUUGGGGCUGAGAAGAUGACGACGGCUGCUUUAGGCAAUGGCGAUGGCAAUGAAGUAGCCGGCAAAGAUGAUGGAUCAGGAGAACACGCGGAACCGGCGGUGCUAGAGGAAGAACUGGAUCCCGUAACGUUGGACGCAGCCACCGCGGUGACUACAACAGCAAUAGCAGCAGCAAUAUCAGCGGCAGCUGCAGCGGAAGCUAAUUCGUCAGAGUCACCCGUUACAACCACAGCUUCAUCGUCAACUACUCUCUUUCCGACGCCCACACCGUUUGAUUUUGAAUACGACAUAAUGAGAGACGAAGCCCAGCAAUCGUCGCCAAAUAUCCAUGACGUCUCCAAAGCCUUUACCGACAAUGCCUCAUCCAGCAGCCCAAUUAAUGAAAGCGACAAACUGCUGUCCACCACUGCCCUGGAAACUUCGCCAGCGAAGGGUUUACGCUCCAACACCCGUCUGCAUCGCUCUUCCAUUUACGUGUGUAAGCUCUGUAGCCAAACAUUUGACGAGCUGGGCAAGCUGGUCAAGCAUGAAAUGGAGCUACACUCCAACACGGAACGAUCUCGGUGGGGCUAUCAGCACAAGUGUGCCAUCUGCAAUACAUCGUACCGCACGCUCACGUUGCUCAAGUUCCACAUGAAGCGACACAGCAAUCGGAAAUCACAGUGCAAGCUGUGCCCCAAAACCUUUGUAACAAUCGCAGAGCUCGAGCGGCACACGAAGGCCAAGCACAGCAAGGAUAAGACGCUUCGGUGCUCUUUGGAUGGCUGCCGGAAGACUUUUGCCUUCAAACACCAUUUGGUACGCCAUCAAAAUGCCUCACAUUUGAGCACACGGUACAUAUGUCCCGUUUGCAAUAAGGAGGAGCAGUCCAAUGUGCAUUUGAAGAAUCAUAUGAGCAUGCACAAAGGUGAGAUAACCUACAAGUGCCCUAAGUGCGAUCGCUCCUAUUUGCGGCGUGGCAGACUCGCAAGCCAUGUUGUCCUAAUCCAUAAUUUGCAUCUCACCACCGAAGAGUUGGAUAAAAUCUCAUCCCAGGCUAAGCGCCAGGCCGAACCUAACGAUCUUAAAGACACGAUGCCCCGGGCGCACCUGGGCCGUCGAAAGGAUGUGGGUUGUGCAAGAGAAGAAAAUGGGGAGCCCACAGGAGCUGAUGAUAAUUCCAAGUAGUUUCAGUCUACGCUCUUACAAUCAAGCAAAGUAAUCGCACAAUGUACAAAGUUUGAUAUAGUCUAAGUACUGUUCCUCUCCAUCGUUUUAGCGCAUCUAAUGUCUUGAAGUUUUCCUGUUAAGUUGUACCCUAAGCCAUUAAACACAAUCUCUCAUAUAAAA